AUGCUCGGCUGGUUGAUACACUUUCUGAGUACAUACCGACAGCUUGUGGGCUUUGGCGUUAUCGUCUUUGGCCCCGGUCUGCUGGCACGCGCACAACGGCUCAUCCGCAACGGCAACCAACCCCGUGCACCGCUCACGAGUGCUGUCUGGGCCAUUCUCAUUGCACACGCGCUCUACACUCUCUGGGCUCUCGUUCUACCCCCGUACGACGUGUUCGUCUCACAUGGCCUCAAGAUCCGUACACCCUCGGACGUUCUCCGCCCCAUUGUUCUGCGUGCCGCCGGCGUUCCCUUCUACGACUUUGAGGCCAACCCAGACUCGUACCCACUCCUCGACCUCUUGCUCACCCGCCUCGGCAACCUCGAUGGACGCUACCAGUACGCACGCUGGGGACACGACGUCUUCAUGCGCUGCGCAUGGUGCAAGUCCAAGGGCGACAUGGCGCUCGCUGCGCUGCCCAGCAUCGUUACGCCCUACGUGGUAGAGGCGGUCGUCAUUGGUCUCAUGGGCUGGAAGUGGGUUGCUGGACAAAGUGCCCGCGAGCGUGCGGACCGCUUCCGCCCUGUCGUUGGUUGGGUCCUCGGCGCCCUCAUUGCGGGAGACUUUGGCGUGCGCUGGACCUGGGAUGUUCGUGCUCGUCUGGACGGCGAUUGUGACCAUCUCGCGCCAACGCUCUACACCAUCCGCACCGUCGUUUUGUUCCUUGUGACCGUGGCGUACAUCUACAUGCCCAUCCCGCAAGAUGCAAGGGCUGCCGAGAUCGCUCUCGUGCGGUCGCUGGACAACGCGUUCAAGACUCAACGCAUCACCUCGCUCGCUCGUGCCGCAAUUGCCCGGUCACCUGCCAUGUCUCGGCUCAGCAAUGAGCGCCGCGAGGCUCGCGCCCGUGCCGAGGACCGUGCGAGGACAGAAACGACCGUUGUCGCCGCUGCACAGGCUGCUGGUCUGUUCGAAGGUAACGACCAUGCAAGGGUCCCACGAGACAACUCCAGGAGGUGGCUCGUCUCCGAGUGGAAGCGGCUCGUCAAGCUUCCGGGUGACGGCCAUUGA